AGCAAAUCUCCCUGAGAGCGGGACCGGCCUCAGCUCCAACUCAGCCUCCACUGUGAUUAAAAAUAAAAAUUGCUAGAGCAGCCCUCACUCACCACAUCUACUUUGAUAGCUGGCUAUUUGGAAUUUAAAGGAUAUUUGACUUUUUCUAACCUCCCAUGAGGCUGUAAGUUCCACUGCUCCAAACCCACCCACCAAGGACUCUGAACCUGUCCACCCCUGGCGCAUCAAGAUCUUCCAGCUGGGUACCCCCGAUUUGGGCCGACUUUGCACCUCCAAACAACCUUAGCAUGAUGUCUUAUCUUAAGCAACCGCCUUACGCAGUCAAUGGGCUGAGUCUGACCACUUCGGGUAUGGACUUGCUGCACCCCUCCGUGGGCUACCCGGGGCCCUGGGCUUCUUGUCCCGCAGCCACCCCCCGGAAACAGCGCCGGGAGAGGACGACGUUCACUCGGGCGCAGCUAGAUGUGCUGGAAGCACUGUUUGCCAAGACCCGGUACCCAGACAUCUUCAUGCGAGAGGAGGUGGCACUGAAAAUCAACUUGCCCGAGUCCAGGGUGCAGGUAUGGUUUAAGAAUCGAAGAGCUAAGUGCCGCCAACAACAGCAACAACAGCAGAAUGGAGGUCAAAACAAAGUGAGACCUGCCAAAAAGAAGACAUCUCCAGCUCGGGAAGUGAGUUCAGAGAGUGGAACAAGUGGCCAAUUCACUCCCCCCUCUAGCACCUCAGUCCCGACCAUUGCCAGCAGCAGUGCUCCUGUGUCUAUCUGGAGCCCAGCUUCCAUCUCCCCACUGUCAGAUCCCUUGUCCACCUCCUCUUCCUGCAUGCAGAGGUCCUAUCCCAUGACCUACACUCAGGCUUCAGGUUAUAGUCAAGGAUAUGCUGGCUCAACUUCCUACUUUGGGGGCAUGGACUGUGGAUCAUAUUUGACCCCUAUGCAUCACCAGCUUCCCGGACCAGGGGCCACACUCAGUCCCAUGGGUACCAAUGCAGUCACCAGCCAUCUCAAUCAGUCCCCAGCUUCUCUUUCCACCCAGGGAUAUGGAGCUUCAAGCUUGGGUUUUAACUCAACCACUGAUUGCUUGGAUUAUAAGGACCAAACUGCCUCCUGGAAGCUUAACUUCAAUGCUGACUGCUUGGAUUAUAAAGAUCAGACAUCCUCAUGGAAAUUCCAGGUUUUGUGAAGACCUGUAGAACCUCUUUUUGUGGGUGAUUUUUAAAUAUACUGGGCUGGACAUUCCAGUUUUAGCCAGGCAUUGGUUAAAAGAGUUAGAUGGGAUGAUGCUCAGACUCAUCUGAUCAAAGUUCCGAGAGGCAUAGAAGGAAAAACGAAGGGCCUUAGAGGCGCCUACCAACCAGCAACCCAAAAUGGACAAACCAAUCUACUUAAGAUCCUGUCAUAGUUUUAGAUCAUUGGUUAUCCUGAUUUGCAAAGUGAUCAAAAGCAUUCUAGCCAUGUGCAACCAAACACCACCAAAAAUAAAAUCAAACAAAACUAAGUUGUGAAGGAAGGGAGGGAAGGUCAUAGCCUUCUUAAGCAGAGAUGUUCCAAUGUUUUAGCCAAUCCUUGGUUGAAUCUUAGGAAUGAACAGUGUCUCAAGCUCAUUCACGUUUCAUGACCAACUGGUAGUUGGCACUGAAAAAACUUUUCAGGGCUGUGUGAAUUGUGCGACUGAUUGUCCUAGAUGCACUACUUUAUUUAAAAAAUAAUGUUCAUAAGGAGUCAAUAUGUAGUUUAAGAGACAAUCAGUGUGUGUCUUAUAAAUGGUACAUCUGUGGUUUUUAAUCUGUGCUAGACUUCAAAACUGUGAUCUCCUGUUAUUGUAUGCAACCUUGAACUCCACCUCUGCAGGGGUUCUUCUGUGAUUAAAUAGGUUAUAAUUAUAAGCAAAAUUCAGAGCAACUGAGUACUGAUCUAAAAAGAUUACCUUUGGCUGGAGGUGAGCUGCACUGAAACUUUACGACAAAAUAUCUCUGGACAAGGAGAGUCAGAGAAGAGAAGCAAAAGGACACUAAUUCAUCUGUAAUUUACUGUUGGUAAGCCUAGCAGUAAAGAGACAUUGGUCAAUUGCUCUGACCCUGAUGAAUUAUUAAACUGAGAUCAUUGUCGUUUAUGCUUGCAGAUGUUAACUGGAAAAGUUAUAUAUGCAUAAACCUUUUCUUCCUGGAUUUGGCAGAUAUGUAUAAUUAUAUUAAAAUGGUUCUAGCACAACAUUGGGUCCAGUUUAAUUUUACACCACUAUUUACGAAUGAGAAGCCUACAUUCAGCCUUUCCUCCCCAAAACACGUUUUUCUUAGGACAGAGAGUAAAUUAGCAAAUUUAUUUUUACUUUUUUUUUUUUUUUUUGGCUAAUCUAUGCAUAAAAUAGAUAUGAAUGACAGUGGUAGGUAGACUUUUUGUGACUUUCAUCAGGAUUGCUCUGAAAUUGAGUUCGGAGAGCCUAACAAGCAAUAAGAUCUUGUUUUCCUUGCUUUUCCCUCCCUACUUCAAACCUGAACGAUUUCUUAAGCACUUUAUUAGUAUGUUUUAAAAUACAUCAAGUUUUUAAGAGGGAGGAGGAGAAUUGGAGUAUCUCUGAAAACAUGAGAAUGACAAGAAUUUCUUGUUUCUAUUCUCUUAUUUGGUUAAGGGGAUUUUUUUUUUAACUUCCAAAAACAGGUAAACAUGAGAGGGAGUGUAAUCAGAAUCUGAAAGCAAUUCAGGCAGAAAUGAUUUCUGAACAAAAGAGUUUCAGAAAAGUUUUAAAACCUAUAAUUUCAGUAGUUGAACAUAAGGCACCCUGGUCAGUUUGUGUGUGUGUGUGUGUUUAAGAAAGUGUCGAGGGGGAAAAAAAUGGGUCCCUUUUCAGUUGUACCUGCAUUUUGUAAACCAGUCACCAGAAAAGACAAAUGGGCCAAUGAUCAUGGUGCUCCUCAGGUAAAAGCAAUAUUUAAUUUCAUUUUAAGCUGCUUAAGCUCUUACAGCUGACCAAAAUUAAGUGACUCUUGAUUGUAACGUUUUAAAUGAAGGUUAGCAGUUGCAACCAUUUUGUUUUCUGGCUAUUUCAUUUUUCCGGUCCCUGGCUGCGCAUGCUCUCUUGAACUCUGUGUAAUCUUUCCUAAUAAGCAAAUUGGUUCACUGGUAUAGGAAAUGCAAUAGUUUGCAACCAAAAUUUGAGGCCAAAUUUGAUGGCAAGAGUUUUCAGCACCUAUUGAUAACCUUCAACAUACUGUAGUUUACACGAAGUUAAAUUGGGGCCUGAGGUUUACCCAGAUUCAGUGUCUUAAUCUCCCAGCUUUUCUUCUGCAACAGUAAUGCAGAAUCAAAAUAACCAUUUUCUACCAUUGCCUUCCGUUUUCAGGAUGUCCCGCAAGGGGCAGGGAAAGAUUACCCUUCUUUAAAAACAAUAAUGACGAUAAACAUUGGGCUACUCAGCAAAUAACGCAGUUGGCAGUUUCUCUCCUGAAACUUUAAAAAAAAGGUCAGAAAGAAGAGGCACUGAGCACCCUCUGAAACUAAUUUUUCCAUCACCUCUGCACAACUUCUCUUAACUAAGACCACGCAGUUAAAUCCCUUUGAAUCAAAGGCGAAGUAGAAAUGAAUUCCCCUGACCGAAGGCAACGGAGGGAGGGAAGGAGGCGGGGAGCGAACACUGGCUUAAAGACAUCCAGAGAGUUCCGAUCUCCACUCCGAGUCAAGACCGGUUUUAAUGAAGUUAAUAAGCCCAAUAAUGGUGAUACUUGGUACUGAAAUGACGCCGUCCUCCAAAGAGGUCAGGGAGCUACUUCAGCUGCGUAUCGGCAAUUAACAGGAAGUGAGCCGGCAAUAUAAGCUUCGGUUUGGAGGGCAGGUCCUGAUGAGGGUGGGGGUAGUUUGCUUUACAAAGAUCUAUUGCCCCAAACCUUUAUCUUUCCCACAGGGAUUCUUGGCCCUUUGUAUUUCACCUUGGGAGUGUUUCUUUCCUUCCUAGAUAAGAAGAGAAAUUCAAUCAACUCAAUUAAGUUCCGGCUUUCGAAACCUCCAAGUUUUAGAUAAUGGUGGGUUUCCUCAACCGCUCUCCCACAUGGUGCUGCUAAUCUCACCUUUCCUGUGGGUGUCCCCCCACGCCCGUACUGCCGCCGCCACAGGCGCAAGACGCUGGGAGGCUGGGGCGGGACUGCCAGAAGGAACGUGGUACCGGGCGGCCAGCUCUCUCCGCCGCGCCCUCGGCGCUCUGGCCAAAGAGCUGGCUUUUCUAACUCCCCAAUGCCCAGUCGGAGUUUCCUGGGAACAGCACUCACAUCUCUGCCCCGAGGGCCCCCAGCUGAGGCAGACGCCGGACUCCCCAGGCUGGCGCUGCCCAGUGGGCCCCACUCGCAGCCUGGCGGGCCAGGCAGGGGCGAGACUGAGGCUCUUGCCUCGCCGGGUGUUCCCCUUUCUCUCUGGGCUGGCUCCGUCCCUGGCCCGCACCUAGGACCUCUCUUGAGCCUCAGCCCGCCCCCUCUGGGCCUAGUCCUCAGGCCUCGGGGGCGCCGGGCCCAGGGAGCUGUGGGCCGCGGCAAGGCCGAGGCCCGGUGGCGAGGCCUGUACGCCCGCGGGAGUGGGCCGCCAGCCAGAGCCAAGCGAGGGCCCCUCCCGAGCCCUGCAGUCAGGCCUCCAGGUCGGCCGCGGGCCGGGGCGCCAGUCGCUGGGAAACCUCGCGGCCUGGCGGAGUGCAGGGGUCGGGUCGGCCCUGGGGAUUGGAGGGUGGGGUGGCCCGGCCGGGAGCAAGCGCCCUGCGCCCGAAGGGGCUAAAACCGAGACUGACAGACGGGACAGCGAGCGGGGUCCACUGGCCGGGGAGAAGGGGCCGGGACGGCAAGCAAGCACAGCGGGGCCCGCGGCCGCUAGUUUUCCAGGUCUCCCGGUAGGAUGAGCCGCGGACGGCUUGGGAGGGGGCCGCUUCUCCUGGCCGCGAAGGGCGAGGCCGCCACAGCGGGGGCUUCCGCCACGGCUGUGGCCUCCCGCGUCCCUAGCAGACGGGGCCCAGCUGGGCCUGCCUCGGGCCCCCGGGGAUCCUCCCAGGAAAUCCAGGUCCUCGGCCACUGGAUUUGGAGGAGUCUGGCCCUCCAUUGGGGUCUCCCCCGGCACUGAGCUGAGGCUUUCGGGGGAAGCCCGAGCAAUUCCCAGUUUGCCUUGGCUCAUCCCCUUUCUCCCAGUCCUCUAGAUCUCUUUUUUUAAACUGAGUGCCUUCUCUUUCUUUUCGGACCUGUCGCAGUAGUUAGCGGCCCUGAAGGCCAGAGGCAGGCUCCGGAAUGGGGAAGCGGUCCCUUCGGCGUCCCGGGCAGGGCCAACUUGCCAGGCAACCCAUUGCGGUUACCUGCAGGGCAGGGGCCGCAGUCAAGUCCCCGCGUCCACUUAACCGGAAGUGGCCAGCCCUGGCGCGCACACCACAUGUUCGAACCCGCAUCUUACACCCAGGGAGAACCUCGCUGUUGUUACCCGGACAAAGCUGUAACCCAAAACCAGGCGUGCCAGUG